UCAAAAAGUUCAUUGUUAUAGUCUCUCUGUUCCUCUCUCCUCGUUUCUUUCUUCCUCCUCCUCCUCCUCCUUCAUUCCUCUCUUCUAAAAAUGUCUUCAUCACCCUUGAACUCAGUAGCCCAAUGGGUCCAAACCAACUACGCAGCCCCCAUUGAUUCGGUUCACCAGGGGUUGAGAAUCGCCUAUGUUGUUUUCUCUUUCUGCGCCGCUCUCUUCAUUGGAUUCCUCAAAGCUGUGGUGGUGGGACCCAUCGCGGGGCUUCUGCUGAUGGUUGGGAACGUUGGGGUGAUUCUGGGUCUUUUCCCCUUUCAUGUGUUCUGGACCGUCUACUCUCUUCUCAAGACUAAUAGGAUAAAUUUGGCUCUUAAAUUUGCACUUCUACUUGCCCUUCCUAUACUCUUUGCCCUAUGGUUGGCCCUUGGCAUCUUCGGCAGUGUCCUUGUUGGAAUUGGCUAUGGAUUCUUCACACCGUGGAUCUCUACUUUCGAAGCAUUCAGACAAGAUAGUGAAGCAAAGAAGUUCCUCCAUAGCAUUGUGGACGGCACAUGGGGGACAGUUAAAGGAAGUUGCACAGUGGUGAGAGACUUUGCAGAUAUUUGCUACCACUCAUUCCCAGUUUAUUUGAAAGAAUUACGGGAUUGUUCAGGGGAUAAUGAAACUCAUUCAAUCAGGUUGAUGGAGGUGCCAGCUUGUGUUGUCGUGGGUCUAAUGGGUCUAGUUGUGGAUAUCCCACUUUUCACUGUCAUAGCAAUAAUAAAGAGUCCAUAUAUGCUCUUCAAAGGUUGGCAGAGGCUGUUACAUGAUCUCAUAACCCGAGAAGGCCCUUUUCUUGAAACAGCUUGUGUUCCAAUUGCUGGCUUAACAAUUCUUUUUUGGCCACUUGUCGUUGUUGGGAGCAUUUUAUUGGCUAUCAUCUCGAGCAUAUUUAUUGGCUUAUAUGGAUCAGUUGUCGUGUAUCAGGAAAGAUCUUUCCAGAGGGGAGUUGCUUAUGUCAUUGCCAUGGUGUCAGAGUUUGAUGAAUAUACAAAUGAUUGGCUUUAUCUUAGAGAAGGGUCUAUUCUUCCAAAGCCAAAAUACCGGAAGAGAAAAGUAUCUCACUCAGCUGAACUUUCAGUUGGAAGUAGUGUUGUUAAAGGAGGAAAAGCUGGCUCCAGUUCUUCAGGUGCACCUGCAAUGUUGGUGCCCAACUUGGGUCCUUCAAGAUCUGUCAGAGAGGCAAUCCAAGAAGUUAAGAUGGUGCAGAUAUGGGAGGAGCUAAUGAAAUGCUGUGAAUUGAAAGGAAAGGAACUACUAGAUGCAAAUGCCUUUUCGUCGGUUGACCUAACCGAGUGGUUAAGGACAAAGGGAACCAACCAAGAAACAAUUGGCCUCGGCCUCCCAUCCUACGCUUUGUUGCACAGUAUACUUUACUCAAUCAAUGCUGGCUCAGCCGGUCUACUUCUUAGCUCAGGUACUGAACUUAACCAUCUGAACCGGCCUCAGGAUCGGUUGAUGGAUUGGCUUUUUCAACCUAUAAUUGUUCUCAAGGAGCAAAUAAAGGUUAUAAGAAUGGGUGAUGAUGAGGUGAGGUUCUUGGAGAAGUUGGUUCUGUUUAUUGGUGACGUGCAAGGGAUGGAAUCGUGGGAUAAUGGAUCUGUGGCUCCUCAGGAUGCUCUCAAGGCUGCUCAAAUACAAGCAAUUAGUAGAAGGUUGGUGGGUAUGAUGAGGAGCAUAUCAAAGUUCCCCACUUACAGGAGACGGUACAGACAAGUCGUAAAAAUACUGAUGGCGUACUGUCUCGAGAGAGACGGGACAACUAGAACAGGUUCAACUAGAUCGAUGUCUUCAAUCGAAAUUGUGCAGAUGCAAGUGUAAUCUUGAGAUUUCAUGAUCUUGUCAAUUUGUGUUAAUAGUGUUUAUAUUGUUUUUUUCGGUGUGCGUUUCCUCUUUUUAGGUUAGCGAUUGAUUUUAGCUUGGAGCUCGUUCUACUACAUUGUUUUGUGUUUUUUUUUCCCCGAAGUUUUUGUGUGAAUAGGUAGAUGAGAAAAGCAAAGGGGGUCACUUCUGCUGCAUCUGUAAUUUUUGAGCGAUGGUGGUUGUAAAAUGUGUGGUUAUUUUUC